CACGUAUCUCAUGGACAAGUGUAGGAAAACCAGCAAGUGUUACGACCCGAGUUUUGUGAGCGAGACCUGUCGAUCGGCGGAUAUGCAUCUGCUGAAGGUUCUCCGCUUAAAUCUCCCUUGGGCCCGGACUUUCCUGGAGAACGAAAACCUCGAUUUUCAGAUCCUGUACUUGGUUCGGGACCCACGCGCCGUGCUCAGCUCAAGACGAGGAUUGACCUGGUGCUCUACCCCAACCUGCAACAGUCCGAGCGUCACUUGCUCCCUCUUGGCUGGUGACUUGGCAGAGGCGGCUGUUCUUCAGAAGGAGUUUCCUGACAGAUUCAAGUUCCUGCACUAUGACGAAAUCUGCCAGAACAUGACCACCAGCCUGGCAGACAUAAUGGACUUCCUGGGUCUCUCCGUGCAGCCAGAACAGACCAAGCUCCUGCAGGAAAAGAAGACUUCAGAGGCCAAAUACUCCGUGCACAAGAACAGCCUCCUUCAGGCCCAACUCUGGCGCAAUACCACAUCUUUCUAUGACAUCGUGCUCCCUGUUCAACACUUCUGUCAGUCCUCGCUUCAGAAGCUGGGUCUCAGGAGCUUCUCAGUGGAGAAGGAGUUCCGCGACCUCAGUGUCCCAGCGCUUGAGAGGCCUUCAAAAUUAUAGAGUACAGACCAAGAAACACAGACCCAUUAUGAGCCAUCCGACACAGGUCAAAAUCUGACUUGCUGAUCGGAAUGUUCUUUAGAAAGCCGUCGGCUAUAAAAUAAAGUCAUUGGGCAAGGACAAGUACAAAGACAAACAAGGACAGCGGGAUCACACAAAAACCAAUCCACCCCCCUCCCACCUCCCAGGUAUGUGGUAGGACAGACCACUUACGAAUCCUUUUUUUUUCCUUUUUUUCCCUUUAUUUCGUUAUAUUCGAAGCUUUUUCUUUUUUUACUUUUCCUUUCCUUUUCCUUCUCCACGUACGAGGCUUUUUCCUUUCCCUUUCCUUUCCGUUCUCUGCAUACGAAGUUUUUUUUUCCUUUUCUUCCUCCUCCCCCAGCUACAACGCGGUCUGCCUCUGCCCCAAUGAAAUAAGGAACCGACAACCCCUCCUCCUUACCCUCCAUGCCCGUACC